AAGAAGGUGGGUCCCUCCGAGGGCCCCUUGCCUCAGUUUACCUAUCCAGUCGGUAGACAGACGCACGGUUCCCACAGUCCGCGCGACCUCGUCCCGCGCCGCCCGCGUCAUGGAACCAUGGUCUGACCCCACCGCUCCCGACUAAGUUUAGAGCAGAAAGAAAAACAGCUUUUCUCGCGACGGCGCGAAAAUCCCUGCCUGGCCCUUAACCCUCCGCACCCAUUACCUGGAUUCUAAUCCAGCACCCUGUUGCCUCUUCUGGCCUCAGUUUCCCUAUUGAUCCAUAGGUUUGCUCUUCCAGAAACUUUGGGGAGAGGCAAGGGAGGUGUAGGGAGUCGCCACUCCCAGGGCUCCCCCUCCGAGCAGGUUUGGGUAUCCGCUGCCGCUAGCCCUCCUGAGCGUCUCUUUGCUAGCUUCCGAGCCCCGGCCUGGGCAGGGUAGGGUUAAGAGGCACCCGCUCUUCAGGGUGACGUCAGGAAGCGGGUUCGGAAGCCCCAGCUGUCAGGGGAUUCUCUGGGAAGCGCCGAAUUCGAAAAGGCUCGAGAGCAGCCGGACAUAGCCGACUAUUUCCGAAGAUACCCGAGUGAGGCCGGAAGAAGCCGAAUAUGCCCGAUUUGGGCCGAGGGCUACACGGGCUUGCUCGGAAACCUAGCGCAACCGGAUUUCGGCGAAGAUGCCCGUAUGCAUCCGAACCUGCCUGAGCACCGUCGGGCGACGUAGCCGGACCUUACCGAAUUCGCGAGACCGAACCUGUCAGGAUCAGGCGCAAACAUGUGUGAUCAGACCCAGCUCAGGUCAAACGUGGCUGUACGUGACCGAAACGGACCGAAUCCAGUCGAACUGGACAGAAUCCUGUCGAAUUCCCCACUCCCACUGCCAUCUGAGCCGAAUCCCCUGCCCCGAGUCUUCUGGCAGCUUUGAUCUGGAAAAUGGAUUCUCAUGUGGCAGAAGCACCCUGGACCCUCAGGCUGGGCCUGGCCUUGGCCGGGUCAUCCAGGCCACUGCUCAGCACAGCCAGAGGCGAGAGUCCUUCCUGUACCGCUCCGACAGUGACUACGAACUCUCGCCCAAGGCCAUGUCCCGGAACUCCUCUGCAGCUAGCGAUCUACACGGAGAAGACAUGAUUGUGACGCCUUUUGCCCAGGUCCUAGCCAGUCUGAGGACAGUUCGGAGCAACGUCGCAGCCCUCGCCCACCUGCAAGGCCGCGGGGCAGUCAAGCAGGCAUCGGUUGAGACCCCCCCAACUGGCAGUCAGCCCCCUCCACCUACAGAGGACACUGGGCAGAAGCUGGCUUUGGAGACACUGGACGAGCUGGACUGGUGUCUGGAUCAGCUGGAGACACUGCAGACACGGCACUCAGUGGGGGAAAUGGCCUCCAACAAGUUCAAGCGGAUGCUGAACCGGGAGUUAACUCACCUGUCCGAAACCAGCCGCUCUGGGAACCAGGUGUCCGAGUACAUCUCUCAAACCUUCCUGGACCAGCAGACUGAGAUGGAGUUGCCUAGGGUGACCCCCACGGAGAGCCCAAGGCCCAUGUCCCAGAUCAGCAGCCUCCGUGGGCUCCCCCACAGGGCCAGCCUCUCUGCAGCCACCGUCCCACGCUUUGGGGUCCAGACUGACCAGGAGGGGCAGCUGGCCAAGGAACUGGAAGACACCAACAAGUGGGGGCUUGAUGUGUUCAAGGUGGCAGAGCUAAGUGGAAACCGUCCCCUCACAACCGUCAUGUUUAGCAUCUUUCAGGAACGGGACCUGCUCAAGACAUUUCAGAUCCCAGCGGACACACUUGUCACCUACCUUCUGACCUUGGAGAGUCACUAUCAUGCCGACGUGGCCUACCACAACAGCCUACAUGCCGCUGAUGUGGCCCAGUCCACGCAUGUGCUCCUGGCCACACCCGCCCUCGAGGCUGUUUUCACAGACCUGGAAAUCCUGGCUGCCAUCUUUGCAAGUGCCAUCCAUGAUGUGGACCAUCCCGGGGUCUCCAACCAGUUUCUCAUCAACACCAACUCAGAGCUUGCCCUUAUGUACAACGAUGUCUCCGUGCUGGAGAACCACCACCUGGCUGUGGGCUUCAAGCUUCUGCAAGCUGAGAACUGCGACAUCUUCCAGAACCUCAGCGCCAAGCAGCGGCUGAGUCUGCGCAGGAUGGUCAUCGACAUGGUCCUGGCCACAGAUAUGUCCAAACACAUGAACCUCCUGGCUGACCUCAAGACCAUGGUGGAGACCAAGAAGGUGACAAGCCUUGGAGUCCUGCUGUUAGACAACUACUCCGACCGCAUCCAGGUCUUGCAGAACCUGGUGCACUGUGCAGACCUCAGCAACCCCACCAAGCCGCUGGAGUUGUACCGCCAGUGGACGGACCGCAUCAUGGCCGAAUUCUUCCAGCAGGGCGACCGGGAGCGCGAAUCAGGCCUGGAUAUCAGCCCCAUGUGUGAUAAGCACACCGCCUCGGUGGAGAAGUCCCAGGUGGGUUUCAUUGACUACAUUGCACACCCAUUGUGGGAGACGUGGGCUGAUCUGGUGCACCCAGAUGCACAGGACCUGCUGGACACGCUGGAGGACAACCGUGAGUGGUACCAGAGCAAGAUCCCCCGCAGUCCUGUGGAUCUCACCAGCCCCAAGCAGGGGAGCCCUGACCGAUUCCGCUUUGAGCUGACUCUGGAGGAGGCGGAAGAAGAGGAGGAGGAGGAAGGAGCUUUAGACUCAGAGGUCUCGGAGUCACCUGACACUGAGCGUACGGCCCCAGAAGCCAGCCCAGACCCUGGGGCCCUACUCCUGGACAACCAGAGGACUGGGGGCAAGCCCUGCGUGGACCAUGAGGCCAAUGUGAUGGCUGAGCCCUUUGGCACCUAAUGGCUCCUGGUGGAUGAGUGGACCUUCCAGAAAGAGGUCCCAGGUGGCCCUUGCCUUGCCUCCUCCACUUCCACCCCCCUCCCCACCAAGGGAGACAACCAGGCUUUUAGUUAGAGGCAGACCUUAGGAUCAAAUUGGAGGCACUUGGCUGGGGUCCAGUUUGACCCCGGGCUUUGCCGAGAGAGCUCUCCGAGGGACUGGACUGCAGGCAGCCUCUUCCAGCACCCUUGGGAUCUCCUUCCUGGGCUUCCACCCUCGGUGUGGAAAGAGGGUGUCUACCAGGCCCCUUGUCCACCUUCUCUAGCGGUCAUUCUGGAGGCACAGCCAUCACUUUAUCUUUUCAGUCUUGAUCCCGUAUUUAUUGAGCACCUACUAUGUGCCAGGCUCAUGCCUGUCAUGUGCUUCUAGGGUUGCCCUGCACUAGGUGGUGGCGAGUCAGCCACCAGCGAUCUACCGCCCCCCCACCCCAGGUACCUCCCCUUUGUCUGCCAGGCAGCUCCAUGCAAGAGAACGGAAACUUGAAUCGGAGAAUUUUUAGCACCAAAGCUUUGUCCAGAGCCAAACCUGGCUCAAGAACUCUGAUGCGGAGCAGUAAGGGGCAGGGAAGAUCGAGCUCUGUGUCGGGAACUGUCUCCCAAGACUGACUUAGCUUGUGGCUGCCUGUGUAUGGGUUCUUGCUCUAAGUCACUGUAGGUUCUGUCUUGGGGUCUCUGGUUCUGUUCUCCCGAGCCCCAGGAUCCCCUGCUGGGCCCCCUCCCACUUUCUCCCUCUUAUAGAACAGCAACAAAAGCACAGCCUUUUCGCCACACCUCCCCCAGCAGGUCUCUGUUUCUGAGGCUGCCCCCAGACUCCCAAUAGGGGGAAGGAGGCCUCUGAGGCUUUCUUCCCAGUCAUAGGCACUUCUGGGCCUCAGUUUCUCCUCUACGGCCUGAUCCUUGUACUUGGGUAAAUUGUGGUUGGAGGGUGGUGUCUGUGACCUUUCUGAAAUAUCUUAGAAACGUGGGGGCAUUGGACGUGUCUCUGGGGUUAAAUAAACCCUAUUACCCAAAAUUAAUACCAUGCCCACCUCAGGAAUGGGGAAACUGAGUGCCAAUAGGCCUUGUUGCCUGGUCAAGGCGAUGCAGCUAGGAGCAGGACAUUAGCCAGCAGCGCCCCCUGGAGGAGGGAGGUGCGGAGGGGAGGCGGGGUGAACCCGGGGAUUCUCCUUGCCUUAACUCGCUGUUCCUCAGGCUCCCUGCUGGCGCUGGAGGGGCUUUCCUCGCCCGCAGCAAAAGAGGCGCCUCUGCUUAAGUAUCCCGUUCUAUUCCCGCUUCCAGAAGCCUCAGUAUCUCCCCCACCGGCCUCUCCCCCCCGUGCCUGAAGAAUUAUAAUGGGACUCAAGUCGUGGAGCAGCCCCUCGCUUCAAGAACAGCUGGCUUCAUUCCUGAAUAAUUCCAUUGAUAAUUCCAUUCCAUUGAUAAUUCAGCAUCAUCACAAGUAAUGAUCAAAUUCCACAGAAGGAGAAUUAAAGUUCAUCUGGGUCACAAA